AUGUCAGGAAAGACAAUUGAAGCGACUGCUGAAACAUUCGGUUCACUUGUAGAAAAAGCUGAUCAUCCUGUCAUUGUUGAUUUUUAUGCCGAUUGGUGUGGUCCUUGUAAGAUGUUGGCUCCUAUAUUAACAAAGACUGUGGCCGAAAAUCCUAAAGUUACUCUAGUAAAAAUCAAUGUUGAUGAUCAUCAAGCUAUUGCUUCUAAAUAUCAAAUCGCCUCUUUACCAUCUGUCUUUGCCUUUAAUAAUGGCAAAGUAGUAGACUCUUUUAUCGGCAUGCGUUCCAAGCCAGCAGUUUCAGAGUUUGUGAAGAAACAUGCUGAACUUGCUAAAUAG